AUGAACGUCCUCUUCAACUCAGCGUUGAAGCAAUCAACAGCGGUCCGUCGCGACCUGGAAGCAUUCGCACAAGCCCCAGCCACCGCGUCCCCGGCGCUCCAGGGACAGAUAUCGGCCACCCUGACGAGCCUGUCCCGCACGCUCGACGACUACCAGAACCUCUCACGAAACGAACUGAACCCCGAAAAGAAGGAAAAGGCCGCUGAACGAUUGAAGAACUUCCGAGCAGAUCUGGCCUCCUACCGCACCCAAUUCGAUCAACUGAAAAGAGAGCAUGAAGGAGCCGUCGCCGCGAACAACAGGAAUGAACUACUGGGAAGACGACCACAUCAUGCUGCCACGCCGGAAAACCCGUAUGCACAUGCGAGCAGUCAGUCUGCGUUCGCACCGGCACACCGCAACACGCAGGACGGACUGUCCUUUGGUGCUGGGUCCGAUAGCUACGAGCGUGAGGAACACGCACUGCGCGAGCAGAACUUCUUCAGUGCUGCCAACGCGCAACUAGAUGAAUUCUUGGAUCGGGGCAGAGCCGUGUUGGGCGAUCUGGGACAACAACGCGAGAUCCUCAAGGGCACGCAGCGGAGGCUCUACAGCGUUGCUAAUACCCUUGGUGUCAGUGGAGAUACUAUUCGCAUGGUUGAGAGGAGAGCUAUGCAGGAUAAAUGGAUCUUUUGGGGUGGCGUGGUCGGCUUCUUCGCGUUUUGUUUCUUGGUCAUCCACUACUUGAGAUGA